AAUCGGCGGUCAGCCCAUUCUUCGUCGGCGCGCGAUCUUGGCUGGAAUCCCUGAGUGCAAUGGCGGACGAUCUUGUCGAGAUCAGUGGCGUGAAGAGUGGAGACGAUUUCGUUCAGGGAAAGAAGGGAUUAGAUUUGGGAAGAGUGGAGUCGUAAUUGUAAUCCAUGAAAGAAGGCCUCGCUCGAUCUAGGGUUUUCGUUUUUUUUUUGGGCUGAUUAGUGGUCUUUUUGUGAAGCAGGUUCUUGGGUAGGUGAAAUGAUCCGCGCUAUACAGAAGAUCGAUGCUGAGAGAAAAGUGUUGAUGGAUGAGUUGUUUGCCGUUGACAUCAGACUCGAGGAGAAGAAGAACGCAUGGGCCGAUGAAUCAGAAAUCGAAGCCCUGGAGGCUGACUUCGAGGAGAUAAUCCAGGUUAUCCUCUCCAAACUGAAAAGCUUGGAAAAAAUCACUGAUGAAUACGAGACCAGUUUCGGUAGGAAGCUUGAGGCUCUCAAAAAGGAAUUUGAAGCUUUGUUAGAAAAGGCGGACCUUUAAGGAGUCCUUGUUGCGCUAGGGUUACUGUUCGCUUUUUCUGGUUUGUUUGUUCUUGGAUGGAUGAUUUUCAUCGAUUCCAGCAACAGAGAGGGGGGCUGCACAGGGUUGUUUCUGUGCGGAUUUCCGUUCUUCUUUCUCUCUCCCUCUCUCGUUUUGCUUCGGUUAAUUUUUUUUAAACGUUUGGUUGGUCGUUUUAUUAGUACGAAACACGGUGUACAGAAUUACAAUAACACUGAAAGGAAACAGUGGGAUAACAAAGGCCCGAAGCCAAAUAACCCAAACCCGGUCCAAACAAAUGGACAAGCCCACCCUAGCAACCAUAACCCAGCGGCCCAAUCAUCACAAGAAGAAGGCUGCCAACAGCAUUCCCCUUCACCGAUCCACCGCCACCUUCAACCUUUGCCACACAUGGUCCUUGGCCGGAAAAACGUUGGAGGAAGCUGAGUCACUACUCCGAACACCGAUGACUCCAUAGAAAGACGGUGAACGGCCAGAAGAAGAAAACCGCAGAGCCGCCGAGGAGAACCGUACCCAGAACGGGAUCCGAGAUCCACCUGCAAACUCGAGAAACAAUCCCGACCACGGACAGAAGAAUGAUGACAGAAUCGCCACCGAUCAGAGCAAAUCGGCAGAAAACCAACUUCAAAGAUAAUUUCCCUGCUCACAAGCUCUCUGAAAAAACAUCCAAGACAACAACGGUCCAUACAUCUCCGAUUCAUCCCCAUUUAUGGAUGGAUCUUGUGGAGGUAGAUGAUAGACCAGAGAGGAGCAAGCGAAUCGACAAAUCGGCCCCCUCAAACACCUACCAUGGGAACAUCCAUAUAGAUCUGAAAAACAGACAUAUAGGGAGCAAAAGUAUCUCAUUGAGAGAUAAGAUAAUCAUCACCACUGGGAUGGAAGAGGUGCCGAAAGGAAAAAAAAUAUCCCCAAAAGGGGAAGGAAGGAAAAUGACAGAGCCAAGGGGAAAGAGACCGAAAACCAAAAUGCAGAAAAGGGAAAAGGAACCUAACUAGAAACAAACGAAAAAGCACAAAAGGAAAGGCCCGCCCCCGGUCGCCGGAAUCGGCGCCGGUGACAGCCCCGGGAAAACUUGCAUGACAAGAACCCUAGAGGCUAGAGAGAAGGCAGAGAAAUUUGAAAAAGGGGAGAGAAGCGUAUCUCUAUCUUUGUUACCUACUACUGUCAUCCAUCAUUCGCUUCAGUGAUUUUAUGUAAAGCACUUUUGUAGUCUUCACGAUAACUCCUCCGUGAAUCUGUCUCGCUUUAGGCCAAGAUUGUUAAAUCCUUAUUGAACCCCCGAUUGGACUCAGUCUGACCAUAGUCGUGUUUCAAACGGCCUCCGGAAAGCCCUCCGGUCUGACCCCUAAAGAGUGAGAAGAAGAGAAGGGGAAGAGAGGAAGAGAAACGAAGGAACGAGAUUUGAGUUUAUGUCAUAUUUCAGGGCUUAGCGUUGGCAUCGAGACGAAGGAACGAGAUUUGGGUCGAAAGGAGCAAGUGAGGUUUGAAGUGUGUUGGAGAACAAAAAUACCCGGCCGGGUAUUAUUUGGCGAUGACCGGGGACUGAAGCUUUGGGCGUCUUUGAGAAACAGAAGGGGGCCCGGGCAGGAGGCAAAAAUCCCCGGUCGGGGAUUCUUGGCCAUGAUCGGGGAUUUUCCCCUGUCACCCGACGGUGCGUUUUGCACAUACCGGGUCGCCACCCAAAAUACCCGACCGGGUAUUUAGGCCGGGGAUUGCGACAAACAGCUUCUUAAGGGGAAAGAAGGCUAAAAAUCAAGGGUUCCGAGUUUU